AUGCUCCGCGUCAUCGCAAUCCUACUCUUACCAUCGAUCGCCGUCUCAACUUUCGACCCGAAAACGUGCGAUGGCCUUUCGGACGGUGGGGAGAAGAGAUGCGCGGAAUAUGAUGGUUGCGAAUGCUUUUUCGGGAACACUGGUCGAUGUCUCGUAAAUGGCAUUGAUUCUCACAGUGGGUAUUUCACAUGCGAUCUUUGCCCGAAACAGAACGGCCAGAGCUGUCGGACCAAAAUACACUGUGUUACUCCAGCACUAAAAGGGGGUCGUCAUCGUUGUUGA